AUGUGGGAAGUAUAUUGGAAAAAUCACUCUGAAACAGCUCCUAAAACUAUUUCAGAUUCACUACAAAAAUUUGAUGGCUAUACGUUUCCAAAUAUUUCUACUAUACUUCGAAUCCUUUGCACAGUACCAGUUACAACAUGUACUUGUGAAAGAUCAUUAUCAGCUCUGAAAAGAAUUAAAACUUCCUUGCGCAAUUCUAUGACAGAUGAUCGCCUAAAUGGCAUUUCCAUGUUGCACAUUCAUCGAGAUGUUGAAAUUGACUUAAAUAUUGUUGAAGAUGAAUUUGCGACUGCAUUUCCACGAAGAAUGGAGUUUAAAAAUAUAUUGAUCUCUGAUGAAUAG